GUGAGGCUUAGAGGAGACAAAUUGCCCUCAUCAUUAUCUCCAAGCUUGCCAAUCAAACCCAUUCCCUCAUUUCCCUCUGCUCGGGGAAGCGAGCAGCUGGGAGCCCCCAGAGGAGCCGGGGAGAGGAGUGGCACAGUGAGCUGUGAGCCGUCGCCUGCCUGCCAGCCCAGUUCUUCUCCAGCUCCACAGCUCUCCUCACCUGGCUCUGCCUCCUUGCCUCGCUGGGCAGCAUGGCCACGAUCACCUGCACCCGCUUCACUGAAGAGUAUCAGCUCUUUGAGGAACUGGGCAAGGGUGCCUUUUCCAUCGUUAGAAGGUGUGUGAAAGUGUUAGCUGGUCAAGAGUAUGCUGCCAAGAUUAUCAACACGAAGAAGCUCUCAGCCCGAGAUCAUCAGAAGCUGGAGCGAGAGGCCCGCAUCUGCCGCCUGCUGAAGCAUCCAAACAUUGUCCGACUCCAUGACAGCAUAUCAGAGGAAGGGCAUCAUUACCUGAUAUUUGAUCUGGUCACGGGUGGGGAGCUGUUUGAGGACAUUGUGGCCCGAGAGUACUACAGUGAAGCUGACGCCAGUCACUGCAUCCAGCAAAUCCUAGAGGCUGUCCUUCAUUGCCACCAGAUGGGUGUGGUGCAUCGGGACCUGAAGCCGGAGAACCUGCUCCUUGCCUCCAAGUUGAAGGGGGCUGCCGUGAAGCUGGCUGACUUUGGCUUGGCCAUCGAGGUGGAAGGGGAGCAGCAGGCGUGGUUUGGCUUUGCAGGGACACCAGGGUACCUCUCUCCUGAAGUUCUCCGAAAAGACCCAUAUGGGAAGCCUGUGGAUCUUUGGGCAUGUGGUGUCAUCCUAUACAUCUUGUUGGUAGGAUAUCCUCCUUUCUGGGAUGAGGACCAACACCGACUAUACCAGCAGAUCAAGGCUGGAGCCUAUGAUUUCCCAUCCCCGGAAUGGGACACGGUUACCCCAGAAGCGAAGGACCUGAUUAAUAAAAUGCUCACCAUCAACCCCUCCAAGCGCAUCACAGCUGCUGAAGCCCUCAAGCACCCCUGGAUCUCUCACCGAUCUACAGUGGCCUCCUGCAUGCACAGACAGGAGACCGUGGACUGCUUGAAGAAAUUCAAUGCAAGGAGGAAACUGAAGGGAGCUAUCCUUACCACCAUGCUGGCCACCAGGAACUUCUCUGGAGGAAAGAGCGGAGGCAACAAGAAGAACGAUGGUGUGAAGAAAAGAAAGUCCAGUUCCAGUGUUCAGUUAAUGGAAUCCUCUGAGAGUACCAAUACCACCAUUGAAGAUGAAGACACCAAAGUGAGAAAGCAAGAAAUCAUUAAGGUGACAGAGCAGCUGAUCGAAGCAAUAAGCAAUGGGGAUUUUGAGUCCUACACGAAGAUGUGUGACCCUGGAAUGACAGCCUUUGAACCUGAGGCUCUGGGAAACCUGGUUGAAGGCCUGGACUUCCACCGAUUCUACUUUGAAAACCUGUGGUCCAGGAACAGCAAGCCUGUCCACACCACUAUCCUGAACCCCCACAUCCACCUGAUGGGUGAUGAGUCAGCCUGCAUUGCUUACAUCCGCAUCACACAAUAUGUGGACGCCAAUGGUAUCCCUCGCACUGCCCAGUCUGAGGAGACUCGCAUCUGGCACCGCCGGGAUGGCAAAUGGCAGAUCGUCCACUUCCACAGAUCUGGAGCACCUUCAGUUCUACCACAGGAAACCGAGGCCCCAAGAGGUCAACUGACUUGCCCGAAGUCACACAGUUGAAAUUCUGAUUGGGUUGUACACUCCCUGGCUGCACCAUGGAGAUCUACCCUUCUUCAUCUGCAGCAUGUGGCUGCUGGUUCUACCAUAUGCUGGAAAUCCCACCAUCAUCAUCAUCACCACCACCACCAAGCUCCUCACAGAAGCCAAGAACACCUGCCAACCAACUCAAGCCAUCAUGCACCAGAGAACAAACGGCCACAGUUAUUUAUUUACUUUUCUUUUUCUUUUUUUGUCUCUCCUUGUUUUGCUUUUCAUUUCAUCAUCUGAUUGUGUGCAUGAGCCAGGCCCAGGGGCACAGAUUGUCUUUCCUCUCCUGGGUCAACUGCUUCCAGCUCUUGGGAUAGAGAAUAACAUGAAAGGAAGGGACCCCUCCCCUCCAUCUUCCCAAACCCACACCCUAGCUCUGGGAGCUAACAAUUUCCCAAGUGCUCAUUCUUCUCUAUUAGCUGUGCUGCCUAUUGGACCCAACUGCAAACUCCCACAAACUACCACUCCUUGCCAGAUGGAUAGAUGGGUAAAUCAAGCCUAUCCCAUGCUGAUGCUAUCUAUGCCUUGCUAGCUAGCUAGCUAGCAUAAUGAGCAAGUCCCUAUUUGCCAGCUUUCCUGAUGUCUCAGAUCUUUGUUCCUGCCUCUCUUUUGAAACACUUUUGAGAGAAGGGCAGCUGACCCAAUAGAGAAGACCAUAUAUGGCCCAAAAAAAGAAAGAAAGAAAACUGGAGUAUCUGGCUACAAGCAUGAAUUAGCCACAUUCUUUGCCUUGGGCUAUCAAAUAUAUGUUCUGCCUUUACCCUUCUGUGUUUUUUCCUUUCCCUUGGUGAUUGCUUUUCUCCCUCUACUACUGUUUUCUCCCUUUCCCUUUUUUUUCAUUCUGUGAAAAUUGAAACCGAUUUUAUUUAUUCAUCAAUUUGUUUAUUUUGGGGGGAGAAAUAAGCAGUGUUAAGAACACUGGUGCUAGAUCAGGGUACUUGUCUUUUUUUUAUUAUUAUUAUUUUUAUUUGGUGGGGCCGUUUGCUUCAAAUAUGGAUUUCAUUGAACCCAUUCUUCCAGCAUAGAUUGAGAGUUUUUGCUUUAGUAAUACUUGAGAGAGGAAAGCUGAUCAUCUUUUGGGGGGGAAAAAAAAGAAAAACUAAAAGCAACCUUUAGGAAUCUCUUCUACUUUGACCGCAUGCCUUUUGAUAUCCAAAUUUCUGUGUAUUUGGUAAAUUGAUUUAAUGUAUUUGCUGAAUGGGUCUUUAUGUAAUAGCUAAACAUCUCAGAUUACUUUGGGGAAGGGUGGGCUAGGGUAGGGUAGUUGUUUCUUUCAUUUCUCUCUCUUUCUCUCUUUUCCCCUUAACUUCUGAAGCUAUAAAUGUGUAACAUUUGGGUGUCUGCGAUAUAGGUGAGCUUAACCUCUCAUCCUCUCCUGUGCAUCAGUCCCUUCCCCCCGGGUUCCCUUCUGUUCUGCUGACAGAGUUGGAGUUGGGAAAAGCAUUGCAUGCUGAUAUGAAUGUUGAAACAGCUGGCCACAUCUGACCACAGCUGGCCACGGAGGAUGUCAAAAAUGACAAGGGAGAAUUUGGCCUGUUAGAGGAACAUCUUGGCCUCCUGCUUCUCCACCAGAAGCUUCCCCUGGACCUUUACGAAGAGCCAAGUCAUCUGUGCGACUCAGUGGACCUUACCUUUAACAGGGCAUUCCAGCAGUGAAUGGGAGAGGUCAGGGAGACUCUAUGUGGCCUGAUGCUGUGUGGCCUUUUCCUGUGGGGUUUGAUGGUAUAUCUAGUGUCUAUUUUACCCUUCAGUUUCCUGCUUUUUUGCUCUUACACUCCCUUGGUUUUUCUCCCUUUUCUCUGGAUUGACUCUGACGUAAGAUGCCCUGGCCCUUCCAGCAGGGCUGUGUCUGCACUGUGUUCUUUGCAUGACCUUACACUGUAUAUGCAGUAAGUUUAUUGACAAAAUGAACAAAACCAAUCAUGUGUUUUGGACAAAAAAAAAAAAGAAAGAAAAAAAAGAAAAAAAAUAAGUUGUAUUCUCAGUGUUCAA